CUUGUCUGCUGAUAUAUUUAUAUAGAUAGUCUGUGUUAGCAACAGAAAUGAUGAUGCCUAUUGGAAAGCAGUUUGUCAUCAUGUGCGUAUUUAUCUUUUCUGCACGAUGUUCUCAUGUUUCGCAAACCAAGUCAAACGUGGCAGGUUGUCGGGACAACUGGGUCACAUAUGACGGCUCGUGCUAUCUUUUUGGACACCAUAUGUUGACCUUUACAGAAGCCGAACAUUUCUGUCGGCUAUACAACUCUCAUUUGGUUCAUAUCGACAAUAGUUUUGAAAAUGCUUUCCUAAAAGACCAUAUCAGAUAUACAAUCAACCCUAAUGAUAUAUGGUGGAUAGGAUUGACGGAUGAGGUGAUUGAAAACGACUGGAGAUGGCUUGACACAGACACACGUCCUGCAUUUACAGGUUCCAUUCUGAACAAUAAUUCUUUUCUCAUACCAUACAUUCUCAAAAAUGUACUUUGUCUAGAUAUGUCUGAAUCUGGAGCUUUUAUGAAAAUUGUUUUUGUCUAUCAGUGA